GCGUCGUGUGUGUGAACCAAUCAGAGACGUCCUGGACCUGGUUCUCAGCCAAUCAGGUGAGAGUUGUGUUCUGUCAUCACAACAAGUUUGUCAUCAAACACCAUGGCGGCCGUUGGUCUAACAGCGGAAGAGCAUGAGGUGACAAGGAUUGAGCGCAUUGGCGCUCACUCUCACAUCCGUGGCUUAGGACUGACGGAUGACCUAACUCCCAAACAAUCGGCCCAGGGAAUGGUUGGACAAGUUAAGGCGAGGAGGGCAGCAGGUGUAGUGCAGAACAUGAUAAAGGAAGGCAAGCUGGCAGGCCAAGCAGUCCUUAUUGCAGGCCAACCUGGAACAGGCAAGACUGCCAUUGCCCUUGGCUUGGCACAGUCCCUCGGACCAGACACACCUUUCACAGCUAUAUCUGCUUCAGAGAUAUACAGCCUGGGGAUGUCCAAGACAGAAGUUCUGACUAAGGCUUAGUCCGAUAAUGGUUGUGGUAUCAAAGAGGAAACAGAGAUUAUUGAAGGAGAGGUUGUUGAAGUGCAAAUAGACCGCCCAGCAACAGGAACAGGAGCCAAAGUGGGCAAACUGACUCUUAAAACACUAGAGAUGGAAACUAUAUAUGACCUCGGGAACAAGCUAAUUGAAGCCCUUACUAAGGAAAAGGUACAAGCUGGUGAUGUUAUAACAAUUGAUAAAGCCACUGGGAAGAUAACCAAGCUGGGGCGCUCCUUCACACGUGCUCGAGAUUAUGAUGCCACUGGCCCUCAAACAAGGUUUGUUCAGUGCCGAGGUGAGCUUCAAAAAAGGAAGGAGGUGGUUCACACUGUUACACUACAUGAAAUUGAUGUCAUUAAUAAUCGCACACAGGGCUUUCUGGCAUUGUUUUCUGGUGACACUGGUGAGAUUAAAAGUGAAGUAAGACAACAGAUUAAUGCGAAGGUGGCUGAAUGGCGGGAGGAAGGCAAAGCUGAGUUAGUUCCUGGAGUCCUCUUUGUGGAUGAGGUUCACAUGUUGGAUAUUGAAUGUUUCUCAUUCCUUAACCGAGCCUUGGAAGACGACAUGGCACCAGUAGUGAUAGUCGCAACCAACCGUGGUAUAACUCGGAUCAGAGGCACUCAGAAUCUCUCACCUCAUGGAAUUCCAAUUGAUUUGCUCGACCGAAUGAUCAUCAUAAAAACCUUGCCAUAUCAAGAGAAAGAAAUUAAGGAAAUUUUGAAAAUUAGGUGUGAAGAAGAAGAUUGUGAAAUUCAAGAUGAUGCCUUGGUAGUACUUACAAAAAUAGGGUUGGAAACUUCUCUCCGUUAUGCUAUUCAGUUAAUUACGUUGGCCAAUCUUGUUGCCAUCAAGAGGAAAGAGAAACAGAUAACAAUUCCAGAUGUUAAGAAGGUGUACCAGCUAUUUAUUGAUGAGCAGCGAUCCCAGAAAUUUCUCAAGGAAUACGAGGAUGAAUUUAUGUUUGAUGAAGGUACUGGCACUGCGAUGGAAACAAGUUAAUUGAUGAAAUAAACUUCGGAAAUGUUAAGGCUAUUUACAGUGAAAACAUAAAUGUCCCAAUUUUAGUCAUUUAAUUACAUUUGAGGAUUUCAAUUUUUUGUAUUCCGUUAAAAUAAAACUGACAAGCUCUG